AUGCUUUUACCUACACGUAAUACGCCUGGAAUGGCAGUGCCGUUGACUAUACUUCCACCGCCGACGCGGCGCUUCAUUGACACCUAUUCCCGUUUACGCCCUCCGAGAUCAUUACUCAUGCAACUCCAGGGUCAAAUCGCGCAAACAGUUUUCUCAAAUCUUAUGAGACGAUACCCCCGUGGUAUCAUCGAACACGCAUCUUCUUGGAAAGUCGCAGCACAACACAGCGCGCAUCAACCUAUCUCUCUUGGGCAAGUCCUGGCGAUUGUGUUCGGCUUAUCUACAUAA